CCUUGGGUAGUUUCGUGGUGCUUAAAUUUAUAUUUCGAAAAGUUAGUUUCUAACUGCUAAACCUUAUUAUAUUUAGUGAUUAGUAGAAAAUAUUAUUAAUUAUAAUGUUAUAAAGAAAUCCUCUUAAUUAUAACUUUUAACUACAGGUAGUUUUAACUACUGUUUGCCGGUGAAUAGAUAAUUAAAUUUAUAUCAUUUAGGUUAUAAGAUAUUUCCUAUCUUGUACACGUAUGCAGUAUUUUUGGUAUAUCUUAACGAUUAAUGGAGAGGACGUGAAAGUGAGAAGAUAAUUAAAAUAUAACAAUGUUACCAUUAAUACAAAAGGACACGCGGGCCUCCCGUGGCCGUCUUACCGGGCUCAAAGAGAAAUUGAACAACUGGUUUCGAUUAAUUUACUCUGACAAAAAUUCAAGAAAUUUAUUUAUGUUUCUAUUAUUAAAUUUAUCAUUUGCAUUCGUUGAGUUAUUUUAUGGUGUUUGGACAAAUAGUUUGGGUUUAAUCUCAGAUGCAUUCCACAUGUUCUUCGAUUGUACCGGACUGGUUGCCGGCUUAGCAGCAUCAUUGAUAUCAAAAUGGAGAGCAAAUGAGCGCUACUCAUAUGGCUAUGCAAGGGCUGAGGUUCUAGCUGGCUUUGUUAAUGGAUUAUUUUUAUUAUUUAUUGCAUUUUUCAUCAUGAGUGAAGCAGUAGAGAGAGCUAUUGAACCACCAGAGGUAAAACACGAGCGAUUACUUCUAGUAUCAAUAUUGGGCUUUCUGGUGAACCUUGUUGGAAUAUACGCGUUCCAUCACGGUCACGGGCAUGGGCACGGUGGCCACGGGCACUCGCACGGUGGCCACGGUCACUCACACGGCGGCCACGGUCAUUCGCACGACGAGAGUGAAGCGCCCACGGGCGCCGGUUCGGCGAUCAUGCGGGGAGUGUUCCUGCACGUGCUAGCCGAUACACUUGGCUCGGUAGGAGUCAUUAUCUCUGCCAUUUUGAUGAGGAUGUUCGGUUGGAUGCGGGCUGACCCCAUCUGUUCGCUCGCCAUAGCGCUGCUGAUCGCGGCAAGUGUGAUACCCCUAGUGCGCGACUCUGCGGGUGUGCUAAUGCAACGGACUCCAUCGUCCAUAGAGCGCGCACUGCCGAACCUGUUCAGCCGCGUGGUUGGGCUCGCCGGAGUGCACUCGGUUCAGGAGCCUCACUUCUGGACGCUGUGCAGUGACGUUCACGUCGGUGCGAUAAAGUUGGAAGUGGCCAGGGAGGUGGACCCCAGAUAUGUUACCGAGCAGGCGGCCAGGAUAUUCCGCGAGGCCGGUGUCAAGCAUUUAACUGUGCAACUAGAUUAUUCCCUACUUUGAUAGUGACCAUUUUUUGUACAUACUAUGUAUGUUAAGCUAGACACAUCCGUAUUCACAAAGAAUUCAUAGAUUCGCUCUGACAUUGACAGCUGUCAAAUUGUCAAACCAUUUUUUAUGAAUAGUCACAUCCGUAUUUAUAAAAAAUUCAUAGGCUCGCUCUGACACUUACAGCUGUCAAAUUAGUAAUAUUUUUUUUGUGAAUAUGGACGAUAGUACAUACAAUUAAGAUAAUUUUCCAAAAUUUUAAAAUCAAAUUGAUUCGGCAGAUGUAGAAAAAACGUUUCUACAUGCAAAGCGAAUUAAUAAUGAGUAUUAAUUGCUCUGUAAACUUGAAGGAUACAAAAUGCCUUACUGCACCUUAGAGCAAUGAAGAUCUAGUAAGCUCUGUAAAUAAUAUCGAUAGAAUCUAUAGUAUUGAUGCUAGGAUAUCAGUGUUGUAUUUGUCUUUUAUUCGGUUGUUGAAACAAAUUGUAAACUUAUUACUGCAAUGGAUGUUGAUAUGUUGUUUUUUUUUCUGUCAAAUAUGAAGUUAUAUUAUAAUAUUGUGAUUUUAAAAACAAUAUAAAAAAUUCAUCACAAGGAUAAAUAUGAAUAACAUGAAUUGUGAAUUUAAACAAAAACGUUAUUGUAAAAUUUAAUGGUCAAGUUUAACUGCGGAAAUUGAUUUUUCAUAUGUGAUAUAAUAUACAAGUUUGUGAAACAGGUCACAAAUUAGUGUUUUAAAUGGAAUAACAACAAACGAUUGAAUGCA